ACUCGCGUCACAUUUUCGUAGAGGUCAUAGGUGAAAUAUUUAGCGGGAGAUACCAAAAAUCAACAGAGUAGUUCUGCCUGGAUUUUUGUUAUUAAUUUAGUUUACUUUAUCAUCUAAUCAAUCUAGAUUUACAAUAUAUUGUAGAAAAUUACCAGCAAAUAAGAAGCAAGUUGUUUACUCGAUCAUUUAACGUCCAGAAACGUGUCUUCAGUCAUGUUCUCAGACGUGCUCGCGCCGAAGGAGACGCUGUUGUCCGCUCCAGGCUCCGAGGAACCGGUGUUUGAGCGUCAGCAGCUCUCGUACAGCGGCUGCUCGGACAGAUUCCGCCUCGGAGAGCGCAGCUUCAGCCGCCAGUACGCGCACAUCUACGCCACCAGACUCAUGCAGAUGAGAGACAUCCUCAACGACAGAGCCGCGCACACGUGGGGCGGGGUCGUGCCCAUCAGGAAGCUGUGUGACCUGCAGAUGGGUGAACAGUGUAUAAUAGUGGGCACCAUCUUCAAAAACAUGGAGCUGCAGCCUUCCAUCCUGAAGGAGAUCAGUGAGGAGCACAAUCUGUUGCCCCAGCCACCUCGGUCCAAAUACAUUAGCCAAUCCGAUGAGCUUAUUUUGGAGGAUGAGCUGCAGAGGAUUAAACUGGAAGGCAACAUCGACACACCCAAGUUUGUAACAGGCAGUGUAAUUGCCAUCAUGGGUGCAGAGAAGAAUGAUGGGAAGUUCACUGUUGAAGAUUUCUGCAUGGCCGACCUUCCUCCACAGACACCCAGACCGUCUCUCAGCUCAGACAGGUUUGUACUUCUUGCCUCUGGCCUGGGGUUGAACGGCAGCAGAGCAGACAGCAUGAUGGGAUUGCAGCUUCUGGUGGAUAUGGUAACUGGACAGCUUGGCGAUGAGGGGGAGCAGAGCGGAGCAGCAUCCAUCUCUAGAGUCAUACUAGCUGGAAACCUGCUGAGUCAAAGCACUCAGGACAAAGACUCAACAACCAAGGCAAAGUACCUGACUAAGAAGACUCAGGCUGGGAGUGUGGAGGCUAUCAGACUGCUGGACGAGCUUCUAAUGCAGCUAGUGGCCUCUGUUCCUGUAGAUGUCAUGCCUGGACAGUAUGACCCAACAAACUACACUCUUCCCCAGCAGCCUCUGCACCGCUGCAUGUUCCCUCUCUCUGUGCCCUUCCCCACCCUGCAGCUGGUCAGCAACCCUUACCAAGCUGUGGUAGAUGGUAUCCGGUUCUUGGGCACAGCAGGACAGAACAUCAGUGAUAUUGUGAAGUACAGCAGCAUGGAUGAUCAUCUGGAAAUAUUGGAGAGCACACUGAGACUCCGCCAUCUGGCUCCCACUGCUCCGGACACACUAGGUUGUUACCCGUUCUAUCAGAAAGACCCCUUUAUUAUGGAAGAGUGUCCUCAUGUGUACUUCAGUGGAAAUGCACCAAGUUACCAAUGUAAACGAGUCACAGGACCUGAAGGACAAGAGGUUCUCCUAGUAGCAAUCCCAGAGUUCAGCAGCACACAGACGGCCUGUCUUGUGAACCUGCGCACCUUAGAGUGUGAGCCUGUCUGCUUCUCCUCUUUUUCCACAGAGGAUGAGGAGGAUACUGAGAUGAACAUCAGCCAUUAAACACUCGCUUAUCAACAUCUGACCCUCGUUCCUGUAGACUGUCCAACAAAGACUUGUUUCUGUUGUUGUGUUGUUUGUUAAUAAAGCUCUCUCUUUUGUAUGGAAA